AUUUUUUUCUGGUUGGUACCCGUGACACUGUCAAAGUGGGUGGUGUUUUGCACAAACAAAUUUUAUUAAAUAUUGAAUUAACAGAGUAUUUUCAACAAUACUUUACGUAAUAAUAAUGGCAAAGAACACGUCGAGUUCAGCUUUCAGAAAAAUUGAUGUUGAUCAAUACUGUGAAGACAAUUUCAAAGAAGACGAUGGUGAUCAAGGGGGUCCCACUGGGCCGGAUGAGUCAGAAGUCAACGGUUUACUGCAAAAAGGUAAACAUUUAGAGGCACUCAAAGCCGUGCUUGUGAACGCCCCGCUUGGAAGCAAAAACCAACAAAUCAAAGAAAACGCCGUUAAUUUAACGCUGAGGGUCUUAUUGGCUAUCAAGCCUUCUCAGAUUGAGGAGGCUGUUAAUUCGUUAAACCCUGACUUGGUCGACGUGUUGAUGAAAUACAUCUACCGCGGGUUCGAAUAUCCUUCGGAAGGAAGCAGUGGCCACUUACUGGUAUGGCAUGAGAAAGUAUUCAACGUAGGGGGAGUUGGCUGUAUUGUAAGAGUGCUGUCUGACACCAGACGAGCUUAAUCAAGUAAUCUACUAUGUAAGUUUGUUUUUUUUAUCAAAAUAAAAAAGAAUUUAUCAAAAUACAAAUUUAUUAAAGUUUC